AGCCACGAAGUGCUACGCCACGAUAAACGUCAUCGAAGCAAAAUUACAGAGCGCGGGUACUUUGGAAAAAUGGACGAACCAGCAGAGAAAAUUGUGGCAUCAGAUUCUCUGAAGCUGUACGAGGCGCAGUUCUUUGGCUUCACUCCUCAGACGUGCAUGCUGAGGAUCUACAGCGCCUUUCACGACAGCCUGUACGAGCUCAUGCUGGUGGUGGAGUCCGUGUUCAAGCGCAAGCUCAGUGCUGCGGGGCAGGAGCCCUCCGAGGAGCUGUGUGUCCAGAUGCAGGAAUGCAGCCAAAAGCUGCUCCAGUUCCUGCAGGAGCGCUUUGAGCUGCUGUCCAGUCGCAUGGAGACGCUCCUGGUGGACAGCAUCCUCUCCGUGCCCCCCAACGUCCUGCUGCUGGAGGACGAGUCCCACAGGAAGUACCCACAGGGGCCGGAGGAGCUGAUGAGGAUGGAGCGGUCGCUGGCAGAGCUCCACCAGGCCUAUCAGGCAGAGGUGUGUGCCAAGCAGGCCCUGCUGGCAGAGCUGGGAGAGCAGAAGGAGGUGCAGGAGCACCUGGGCGGCAUCCUGAGCUGGGUGGGAGAGCUGCGCACCUGCGGCAGACAAGAGGGUCUUGUCCAGGACAACUUCGCCCCGCUCGUGGAGACGGUGAGGCACCUGCAAGAUGUCAAGGCCAAGAUCCUGAAGAAGAGUAGAGAUCUCGACGAACUCUGAUACUGUUCUCAGUGAAGAUACUGUAUAUUUUAUGUAAAUACUCCCAGAAAACUGUGUACUAAGCCUGUCUUGUCAGAUUUUGAUCUGGAAAUGGAAAUAUAGUCUAAAUGCAGCUUGGCUGAUUUUACCACUUUAAAAAACAACAA